CUAAAAGCACACCCCAGACGCCUCUGCCUCUCCUAGGCUGGGCUACUCAGGAAGUUUUCACGAAAGCUCUGAAAUAACAAAGUUAAACUUUGCCCGGCGAACUCAAGGGAGAGAAAGUCUGCUGCUCCCACUGGAGUGAGCUGCAGCCCAGAGUUUUGGAGGAAAAAGGGGGAGUUGAGAAGACUUUUUGGAUCUGGUAGCCUGUGAUUCUUCUGCUGAUGGCUUCCCCUGGUGGCACCAGCAAAGAUUGCUCCAAUGUCAUCGAUCACAGCCAUGUUCCCGAGUUUGAGGUGGCCACCUGGAUCAAAAUCACGCUCAUCCUGGUGUACCUGGUUAUCUUUGUGGCGGGCAUUGUGGGCAACAGUAUCACCAUUCGGGUUACUCAGGUGCUGCAGAAGAAGGGGUACCUGCAGAAGGAGGUGACAGACCACAUGGUGAGUCUGGCGUGCUCCGACAUCCUGGUCUUCCUCAUCGGCAUGCCCGUGGAGUUUUACAGCAUCAUCUGGAACCCCCUGACGACACCCAGCUAUGCCGUGACCUGUAAGCUGCACACUUUCCUCUUCGAAGCGUGUAGCUACGCCACGCUGCUGCACGUGCUGACGCUCAGCUUUGAGCGCUACAUUGCCAUCUGUCACCCCUUCAGGUAUAAGGCCCUGUCCGGGCCCUGCCAGGUGAAACUGCUGAUUGCUUUUGUCUGGGUCACUUCCGUCCUGGUGGCAUUGCCCUUGCUUUUUGCCAUGGGUGUUGAGUACCCGCUGGUGAACAUGCCCAGUCAUGGCGGUCUCACCUGCAACCGCUCGCGCACCCGCCACCAGGAGCAACCCGAGUCUUCCAACAUGUCUAUCUGCACCAAUCUCUCCAGCCGCUGGGCGGUAUUCCAGUCCAGUAUCUUUGGUGCCUUCGCAGUCUACCUCUUGGUGCUGAUCUCCGUAGCCUUCAUGUGCUGGAACAUGAUGAAAGUACUCGUGAGAAGCAAGAAGGGCACACUGGCCAAGACUGGCCAGCAACUGCAGCUGCGAAAGGCAGAGAGCGAGGAGAGCCGCACGGCCAGGAGGCAGACCAUCAUCUUCCUGAGGCUAAUUGUUGUGACACUGGCUGUGUGCUGGAUGCCAAACCAAAUCCGGAGAAUCAUGGCUGCAGCCAAACCCAAGCACGACUGGACCAGGUCCUACUUCCGGGCAUACAUGAUUCUCCUCCCUUUCUCAGACACCUUCUUCUACCUCAGCUCAGUGAUCAACCCGCUCCUGUACAACGUGUCCUCACAGCAGUUCCGCAAGGUGUUCGGGCAGGUGUUGCGUUGUCACCUGACGCUACAGCAUGCCAAUCAGCAGAGACGCCUGCGUUCCCACAAGAGCUCCACCACCGGGAGUGCCAGCUCGGCCCGCAGCCCUCUCAUCUUCUUGAGCUCCCAGCGCAAUUCCUCUGCAAGGAGAACUAAUAAGGUUUUCUUAAGCACGUUUCAGUGUGAGGCAGAGCCAGCUCCCAAGCCCCAGCCAUCGAGUUGUGAGUCACCACAGCCCAACUCUGAGGCAAAACCAGUCAAUCUGGCCGCAGAGAAUGGCUUGCAGGAGGAGCAUGAAGUGUGA